UCCUUCUACACUCUCUCAGCUAGCCCACUCCCUCCCUCAGCCCAGCACUCCUUCCCUCUCUCCCUCUCAUCCCAACCGUCGAAAAGAUGCCUACUGCCUCGACAGAUGGCCCCAAGUUCAUCAAUCCUAAGUACGUUAAGAUCGCUUACCGAAACCUCGUCGAUCGCUUCCUCACCUUCAUCUCGAUCGCCAUCGUAAUCUCCGUCCUCUUAGAAGCCAUACGGCUGGGGCCUGAUGAGGUCAUGGCCCUUUGGCGAUCGGUCGAGUUCGACACCGUACCUGUGCUAGUAACCACGUUUGUAGCUGUGAUCAUGUCCACGGUCUACUUCAUGUCGCGCCCUAGGCCGAUAUGCCUCGUCGAUCAUGUAUGCUACAAGCCUCCGGAAUCGUGCCGCUUCCCUGCGGCUAAGUUCAUGAUGCAAUCACGCCAAAUCAGUAACUUCGACCCUAUCAGCGUCGACUUCCAGAUGAAGAUCCUAGAGCGGUCAGGCCUUGGGAACGAAACUAGCCUUCCUCCAGCCCUCCAUCAUGUCCCCCACAACCCCACCAUCCAAGCAUCGAGGGAGGAGGCAGAGCUUGUUAUCUUCUCCGUCAUUGAUUCGUUGCUUGAGAAGACAGGAGUCAAGCCCAAGGACAUCGACAUCCUCAUCGUCAAUUGCAGUCUCUUCUCGCCAACACCGUCCCUUUCAGCGAUGGUGGUGAACAAGUACAAGAUGCGUAGCAACAUCCAAAGCUACAACCUUGCUGGAAUGGGGUGCAGUGCAGGCCUUAUAUCGAUCGAUCUAGCCAAAGACCUCCUCCAUGCUCGCCCUAAUUCAUAUGCAUUGGUGAUCAGUACAGAGAUCAUCACUCAGUACUGGUACACUGGGAAUCAACGGUCGAUGUUGCUUGCCAAUUGCCUGUUUCGAAUGGGUGGAGCUUCGAUCCUCCUUUCGAACAAACGGGCCGAAGCCAAGCGAGCCAAAUACAGUUUAUGCCAUUUGGUUAGGACCCACAAAGGGGCAGACGACAGCUCCUACCACAGUGUAUAUGAGGAGGAAGAUAAGGAAGGGAAGAUUGGAAUAUCACUCUCCAAGGACCUGAUGACGAUUGCAGGUGCCGCUCUCCGGACCAACAUCACGACGUUGGGCCCACUCGUACUUCCCAUCUCGGAACAGCUUCUUUUCCUCUUCAGCCUCAUCGGUCGUAAGGUGAUCAACCCCAAGUGGAAGCCAUACAUUCCUGACUUCAAGCAAGCAUUCGAUCACUUCUGCAUUCAUGCAGGCGGACGUGGUGUGAUCGAGGAGCUUGGAAAGAACCUCCGGCUAUCACCAGAACACGUCGAGGCAUCUAAAAUGACUCUCCACUGUUUCGGAAACACUUCAUCAUCUUCUCCAUGGUAUGAAUUGGACUACAUCGAGGCGAAGGGGAGGAUGAAGAAGGGAGAUCGGGUGUGGCAGAUUGCACUUGGGAGCGGUUUCAAGUGUAACAGUGCAGUGUGGCGGUGCAAUCGGACCGUUAAAACUCCGACCGGAAGUGCGUGGGAUGGCUUCAUCGAUAAGUACCCAGUGCAUAUACCAGAUGUGCAUAAGGUGUAGAACACUUUGCACGUGUGCAUGCGUAUUACACACG